AUGAUCCUCAGACGAGCUUCCACUCUCAGUCGUCCUCUCGUCCUUCGUCCGGCCUAUUCCGCCCGCGUGUGCUACUACCAUCCGCCUGAUGUACAUAGCACCAAGGGUGAGGAGUUCUUCAUCCCUCCUUCCUACCCAGACAACUUGGAGGAUACUCCCAGUCUCGUCAAAAAGCCAGAAAAGGAAAUGGGCCACUGGGAAGAGAUCCAUGCUACUUCUAGUGAGACCUCGGUUAAAGCCGACCGUGGCGAUAUCAAUAUCCAGCAGAAGCAGCAGCGGACGACUACUCGGGAUCUAGAUAAGGAUUUAGGGGAGGAAGAGCCGCCGAAGUUGGAUGAGAUGUGA